AUGUCGGCGGCGAGCACGAUCGCGUUUACGGACCAGUCGUUGGAGGCGGUGGCUUCACAGUUUGUGGCGGACGUGGAGGGCUACACGUUGGCAGCGACGUCAGCGACAACUGGGACGGCGGCGUUCUUGUUAACUUUAACGCAGGAGGACGUAGACAUAGAGAAGGCGCAGUUUCCGAACGAGGCGUACAAAAUUGUGUUCGAAAACGGACGGGUAACGGUUAUGGCGCGCGCCUCGACGGGUGUCCUAUGGGGCACGAAGACGCUGCUGCAGCUCGCCAAACAGGUCAACUACCAAUGGCCUACGAGUGGUUACAUAUUCGACGAACCGAACGACGAACGACGCUGGUUCGGUGUUGAUUGUGCCCGGCACUACUUCGAACCCGACUUUUUGAAAGCCGUUAUCAGACGAGGUAGCAACCUGAAGAUGAACGGAUUAUUAUUACAUGCAGUGGACAGCGAAGCCUUCCGUUAUGAUAUAGGCAAGUAUCCGGGUCUGGCGCCUGCCGGACACGGAUACAACGAGACAGUGAUCGGUGACUUGGUGGAUUAUGGUCGAAAAUACGGCGUGGAAGUAAUGCCCGGCUUCGAGUUUCCGGGACAUUCGGCGGCUAUGAAUCUUUACUUCGAUGUGGGAGUCUUACUUCCUGGUUAUGAGUCGAUAACCGUUUUCGUUACCGAUGUCACCAACAACAGUACACUCGACAUUGUGCACGACCUUAUUUCCACUGUGGUGCCUUGGUUCAAGCAACCCAAGUACAUCCAUCUCGGUGGAGACGAAGUACCUGAGUCAAUAAUGCAAAUGUACUCGCCCUUCCUGCAGAUGAUAGGGGGCUCGGCUUUCCAAGAUGACGUUAUGUUGAAGUGUGGAUUUGAUGCCAUUGCACUUACGGCUGCUAAGCAAUGGAAUCGUGAUACAAGUCAAGUUUAUAAGAGCAAGACGGAGUUUGAGGCAUUAACUGAGGCAUAA